CCAACACAAGUACAAUAAUGUGUACCGUCAAACUUUAUUAAAGAAGCAUAUAACGAUAGAUAAGAGACCCAACAACAAUUACUCAACUCGUAAAAAUAACAGACUUACCCAAAACGACGUCGCUUUAUGUCAUGAAUAAUUACCCCCAACCCUAAUUGUUCCUUCCAUUUUCGUUCUCCUCCUCCAACUCCAAACAGCAGCCGCCGCCUCCCCCUUCGUUCACCCCCAAACCCCGGACACCCUCCACAACCCGACGAUCCCUGCCGACCCCCGCCGAUCCUCGGCGACACCUGUCGACCCCAGCCGAUCCUCCGCGCGACCCCUUCCUCUGCGUCUUCCUCCAUUCAAGCAGUAGACAACCACGUCGUCUCCUCCGACGCCUUCCUCCGUCCCAGACCGCCUUAAUCCGCGCCUUCGUUCACCUUCCUUUCGUCCAGACAGGCGAGCCCAGGCUUCGCGACGGCGGGAUUGGUUGGAGUGGCGGUGGGAUUGGGUGGUGAGAUGUAGAGAUGAUGAAGAGAUGAAGAAAUGCGGAGGAGAGAUGUGGAGCGGCGCCCCGAUCCCUAUCUCUUUUUUUUUCAAUUUUCAAUUAAUUAAAUUAUUAUUAUAAUAUUAAAUUAUUCGGUUAGUCAAUUAACCGAAAUGUUAACCGUAACCGAUCGGUUGAUAAUCGCGGUUAACCGAAGUUUGCUGUCGGUCGGUGUUCGGUAGGGGGAGACAUGGGUUAUCGGUUAAUCGGUUAUCGGUUAUAACCGAACCGAACCGGCUCCAACCCUAACGCUGAUGACCACUAGGCCGGUCCACGUCAGCAUUUGUCAUUUUCAUGUAAUUUAAUUUUCUAACAGAUGAGUAGGUAAGUCUUUGAAUAUUCAAGGAAUUGGCUCCCGGAAAUGUCUUCUUAAUUAGAAUAGUUUGAAAAAAAUGAGUGAUUAGUGAUUACUAAUCCAUUUCAUUGUCUAAAAUAGACUGCUUUAUUUUUGUAUAAUCCUGAGUAGGAAGCAGUGCAAUUGGGGUUUCAAUAUUGGUCUAGGUAGGCGGGCGGGAAGCAUUAAAAAGUAAUUUAAUUGUUUUACUCGAUUGAUUACGAGGGUAAUAGUAUAUUUGUACCCACGAUUAUAAAAACCCAACGCCAGCAGGCAGCAGCAUUAAUAAGAGACUUACAUCAGAACCCAUCCCUCCCGACGACUUUCAUUCAACCAAACAUGGCCUCCGCCGCCGCCGCCGCUUACGACCGACUUGCGGAGCUGAAGGCGUUCGACGAAACGAAAGCCGGAGUGAAAGGCCUGGUGGACGCCGGAGUCGCUGAGCUGCCGCGUAUCUUCCACGCGCCGCCCCAUAUCCUCGACGCCUACCCUACAGCAGCAGCUGAGGAUCCAAACUUCGUCUUCCCAAUCAUCGACCUGGGAGGCGCGUGGGAAGAUCCCGAGAAGAGGAAGAAGGUCGUCGCCGAGAUCAGGGACGCGUCGGCGAGUUGGGGGUUCUUCCAGGUUGUGAACCACGGCGUCCCGGCGAGGGUGGUGGAGGAGAUGAAAGCCGGAGCUCACAGAUUCUUCGGCCUGGAUGUGGAGGAAAAGAAGCAAUACUAUGGCCGCGACAUGAGGAAAAAAGUCGUCUACCACAGCAACUUGGAUCUAUACACUACACCAUCCGUCAACUGGAGGGACGCCGUCAUGUUCCAGAUGGCACCAAACCCGCCGGCGCCGGAGGAGCUGCCGACUUCCUGCAGGGCCGUCGUGACAGAGUACUCGUCGGAGAUGCUGAAAAUCGGAGACUCGCUCUUCGAGUUGCUCUCCGAGGCUCUAGGUCUGAAGUCGAAUUACUUGAAAGAAAUGGGUUGUGUGGAGGGAGUGAACGUGGUGUACAAUUACUACCCAGCUUGCCCUCAGCCUGAGCUUACUUUGGGAACUACUCAACAUGCCGACAUCGGAUUCAUUUCUGUUCUUGUACAGGACGAUGUUGGAGGCCUUCAAGUUCUUCACAAGGAUCAUUGGGUUGAUGUGCCUCCCAUGGCGGAUGGUUUGGUGAUCAACAUCGCGAAUCUGCUUCAGGUGAUGUCCAACGAUAACUUUACGAGCGUGAAGCACAGAGUGCUGGUGAAAAAUGUUGGGCCGAGGGUGUCGAUUAUCGCGUUUUUCGGUGUUGGAUUCACGCUGGGUUCGAGAAUCUACGGACCGAUUGAAGAGUUGUUGUCCGAAGAGAAUCCUCCCAAAUACAAGAAGACUACGAUUCAAGAUUUCGUUGCCCAGUCUUACAAGCAGGGACUGAAUGGGAUUUCUUUUCUGGAUAUGCUUAAGCUCACGAAAGAUUAGAGUACUCUUGACCGAGUGUCAUGCCUUUACCGAAGAUUAUAAUAAUGUUAUUUGCGUAAGAUGACUAUAUCGUACGCUUUUAGUCGGGUUAUUUAUUUACCAUUUCUAUUUAAAUUUUCUUACCCGUAACUUAAUUUUCAUUUAAUUCCACUGAUCAUAUUGGCUAAAAUCUGUUAAACAAGCAACCAAAAGAAACAAGAUUGUUCCCCCUCCUCUUUACUUCGCUGAUUUUUAUCUAAAACCAACUUCGUAGUUGAUGCAGAAAAUCGUUUUGCAGUCUCAACCUCAUUGCAUCUCGUUCUCCUAUCUUCCUUGCAUGAAAAUCACGCGCACACAAUAAAUUUGAAGUACAUAUACUUACCAUACAUCUAUCAAAACACACCCUAAUACUGCAUAAUCAGAUUGGAAGUGUGCAACACAAGCCUAGCAUGUCCGGAGGCAAACGAUCCAAUGCCAAAAGGGCUACAGCCCACGAGCCAUGGGCCGCCUCUUAAAAUGUGAGCCCAAUUCCCUCCCGUUUUUGGCAUUUUCUCAUUUUCGCGUAGCAAACAAAUAAACGUGGCAUUCUUCUCCGUCAUAAACCAAUCCAGAGGCCGCUCGAAGACACCAGACGCAGUAAGGUACUUGCGGGUACUGCGGCAAACGAGUCGAGUCGAGUUGAGUUUUUGUUUAACUUGAGCUCGGCUCGUUUAUAAAUUUUUUAGCUCGAACUCGAAUUUUGAUCAUCCCGCUCGAGCUCGACUCGAUUAAAAAUAAUCCAGCUCGAGCUCGGCUUGAUAGAGCUCGGUAAAUGCUCAUUAACACAGCUUGUCAAGGUGAGUACAAGCUUGGCUCAAGAUAAGCUCGAUUUGAAACCAUUCUUGCUUGAAAGAUGUGUACAAAUAAGAAAAUUAGAAAUUAAAA